AUGACAUCUCAGAUCACAGCAUGUUCUGACUUAGGGAUCACUGGUUUGCAUAGUAAGCAGCGCCUGGCACAGUGUGUGAUACAGUCCAGCUGUCCCAGCUAUUGCGCAUGUGUUGGACCACUGCCAAUUCAUCUCUGCCCCCUAACUGCCCACAUAGCAAUGACUGAGAAGAGGUCCCGCAGCUCCUCUCGGGAGCCCCCCCAGAGGCACAGAGACCUCUCUGGAUCCAAGAGGGAGAAGAAGGGGAAUGCGGGCCGGUCUAGAAGCAGCCAGGUCAGGGAGAUGGAGAGAAAAGAUGCAAAAGUGUCUGCGGUGGUGGACGUUGAUGAUGUGGUAGCUUCAGACGCAGAGACAGAAGUGAUGGGUCUCCUGGAGAGCAAUCAGAAGGAUGAAGGAGUGAAGUCUUCCAGCUUUAGAGUAUGCGAGAUUCUGCUCAUAGGAUGUUGUGUACUAGUGGUCAUCGCCACACUGCCUCUUUCUAUCUGGUUCUGCGUGAAGGUAGUGCGCGAGUACGAACGAGCAGUUAUAUUUCGCUUGGGACGACUUCUUCCAGGAAGGGCAAAAGGACCUGGCCUCUUCUUCUACCUGCCAUGUUUGGACAAGUGUCAUAAAGUGGAUUUCCGUGUAAAGACCCUUGAGGUUCCUUUCCACCAGAUCAUAACAAAGGAUUUGACUUCUCUUGAGAUUGACAUAAUCUGUUUCUACUGUCUGGAAAAUGCUUCUCUCUACCUGACCACUGUAAGCAGCAUUUCUAAUGCCCUGCAGUUGCUGGUUCAGACUACCACAAAGCGCCUCUUGGCACACAGAGAUUUCUCAGAUAUCUUGAUGGAAAGAAAGAGUAUUGCAGAAGAAGUUAAGGUGGCGUUGGAUGCUGUGACGUGUCAGUGGGGCAUCAAAAUAGAAAGAACAGAAAUUAGGGAUAUAAAGCUGCCGGAGGAUUUAAGGCUAUCUAUGGCUGUGGAAGCAGAAGCACAAAGACACUCAAAAGUCAAGGUUAUUGCUGCAGAAGGUGAGAAAACUGUUGCUGAGUCCCUUAAAAUGGCAGCAGAAACGUUAUCCAGUUCUCCAACAGCAGUUCAGCUGAGAUAUCUGCACACUCUACAGUGCAUGACUGCCGACAGGCCUGCCACCUUCAUAUUACCAUUGCCAUUUGAACUCAUGAGCCUAAACACAUUGCAACACCCUAAAGGACAGGAAAGUAAACCCAAGGCAGAUAAUGAAGGCGGAGAAGCCAAAAAGGACUCCCCAAUGCUGUAAAAUU